GUGUUCUAAGUUCAGACUUGAAACCCCCACUCUCAGCGAUGCCGGAGGAAACGACGGCUAUAGACUACGUCAUGGAGGCCGCGUCCGGCCCGCACUUCUCCGGUCUCCGCCUCGACGGCCUUCGCUCCGCCGCUUCUUCUCCACGCGCUUCUGCCCCCCUCACUUCCGCUUUCUCUUUCUCUACCGUCUCCGAUUCCGCCGCACACAAGCAGCCUUUCGUAAUCGGGGUUUCGGGAGGAACGGCGUCCGGAAAGACGACAGUUUGUGAUAUGAUUAUUCAGCAGCUUCACGAUCAUCGUGUAGUGCUCGUCAAUCAGGAUUCUUUUUAUCGUGGUUUGACUCCUGAAGAGUUGAAACAUGUUCACGAGUACAAUUUUGACCAUCCAGAUGCUUUUGACACAGAGCAGCUCCUUGAGUGCGUUGAAACGCUAAGGAGUGGUCAAUCUGUCCAUGUUCCGAUAUAUGACUUUAAAACACAUCAAAGAUGUUCGGACAGCUUCCGCCAGGUGAAUGCAUCUGAUGUAAUCAUACUAGAGGGGAUCCUCGUUUUCCAUGAUCCACGAGUUCGAAACUUGAUGAACAUGAAGAUUUUUGUUGACACAGAUGCUGAUGUGAGGCUUGCUCGUAGAAUAAGGCGUGAUACAGUUGAGAGAGGCAGGGACAUAAACUCAGUCCUAGAACAGUAUGCCAAAUUUGUGAAGCCUGCUUUCGAGGAUUUUGUUCUGCCAUCCAAAAAGUAUGCUGAUGUUAUUAUACCUCGUGGAGGAGACAAUCACGUUGCUAUUGACUUGAUUGUCCAACAUAUUCGCACUAAGCUUGGGCAGCAUGACCUGUGUAAAAUAUAUCCCAAUGUGUAUGUCAUUCAGUCGACUUUCCAGAUUAGAGGUAUGCAUACUCUGAUUCGAGACCGAGACAUAUCAAAACAUGAUUUUGUAUUUUAUUCAGACAGGCUUAUCCGUCUGGUUGUGGAGCAUGGUCUUGGUCAUUUACCCUUCACUGAGAAGCAAAUUGUCACACCAACUGGGUCAGUGUAUACUGGUGUAGACUUUUGCAAGAAAUUGUGUGGGGUAUCUAUUGUUAGAAGUGGCGAAAGCAUGGAAAAUGCACUCCGCGCUUGUUGCAAAGGGAUUAAAAUAGGGAAAAUUUUGAUCCAUCGUGAUGGUGACAAUGGGAAGCAGCUUAUAUAUGAGAAACUUCCUAAAGAUAUUUGUGAACGUCAUGUCCUUCUCCUGGACCCAGUUCUUGCUACAGGUAACUCAGCUAACCAGGCAAUUGAGCUACUCAUACAGAAAGGAGUUCCAGAGUCUCACAUCAUAUUUCUAAACCUCAUAUCAGCACCCGAAGGGAUACAUUGUGUCAGCAAACGUUUCCCCUCUUUAAAAAUUGUGACAUCAGAGAUUGACGUAGCACUAAAUGAAGAGUUCCGCGUGAUACCGGGUAUGGGAGAGUUUGGUGAUCGUUACUUUGGCACUGACGAUUGAUCUUUGUUGGUUCAGACGAGGCUGUUGGUCGCCUAUGGCUGGAUUGGUCUGCUUUCAAUUGUAAAUUAGGUUGCCUAAGCCAUGGUUAUUUACUGAUCUUGUCCUGCUUUCUCACAAGAUUGAGCGUGAACGCAUUUUUAUGUACCCUUGUCAAACAAUACCUGCAUCUGAGUUACCAGUAUAUAUAAAUAUAUGUUGACCACAUCAUCACCUUGCAUUGUAGGGCCCGCUGCUCCCUCCCCUUCCCCUUCCCACCCUGCUAAAUAAGGGGGGAAAAGAUGGGAAAAUAGCGAGCAUUUUGUAAGAGGUGGAUGGUCCUAAAGGUUCCUAUA